CAUCCAUUUGUCUGCCGAAAAGAUUUCAUGUUUGCUGUGUGACAAGAGUGGCAGAGUCAGUGUGAGGAAGCAGGAAGAAGGUAGGAGGAGACUCUUGGAUCUGCUCCUGAUGUUCGAACAGGACACAAGCAUUUUCAUCAUCUUCUCUGCCAGGCUGAACACAACCAACGACUUCAAAAGAGUGUUGGGUUGCACUCACACAUCAACACUCAAUCGCUGCUUUGGAGUCGAUUUAGGAUGCAGGCCCUCCUGACUCUGCUGCUGGGAUUUUUGGUCUUUGUCGCCACAGUGGAGCGGAGGCGUCCAGUGAUCAGGCUCAACUCAAAGGUGGUGACAGGUCCUGAGGUGGUGGUCAAGUCCGGCACCCCAUUGGAUCUGAGGUGUGAGGGUGAUGCACCUGUGAACUGGCAACCCAGAUUGGCCAAACACAAACGCUACAUGUCCAAGGGAAAAGUAAAUGUCUGCACUUUGAAGGUGGCACGUCCCUCUGCCGAAUUCACUGGGACCUACAAGUGUUUUUACACAGGUGGAAGCCAGCAUCACAAUCUGACGUCAUCGGUUCACGUGUUUGUAAAAGAUCCCAGCCGUGUCUUCUGGACCAGCAGCACCCUGCUGAGGGUGGUGAAAAAAGAGGGUGAGGUUUACUUGCUACCUUGCCUGCUGACUGACCCAAGCGCCACAGACAUUAGUCUCCGCAUGGACAACGGCACCACUGUUCCUCCUGGGAUGAACUUCACUGUCUACCGGCACCGUGGUAUUCUCAUCCACAGCCUACACCCGAGCUUCAAUGCUGACUAUGUAUGCACAGCCAAAGUCAAUGGAGUGGAGCGCACUUCCAAAGCCUUCUCCAUUAAUGUCAUCCAGAAGCUCCGUUUCCCUCCGUACGUCUUUUUGGAGACGGAUGAAUACAUACGAAUUACUGGAGAGGAACUCAAGAUCUGCUGCACAACACACAAUCCCAACUUCAACUACAAUGUCACCUGGGUCUACACCACCAAAUCAAAACCCACGAUAGAGGAGAGGGUCCGCUCCAGUGGAGAAAACCGUUUGGACAUACAGAGCAUCCUCACCAUCCCUGCUGUGGACCCUGCAGACACUGGCAACAUUUCAUGCGUCGGAACGAAUGAAGCUGGGAUGAACAGUUCAACAACGUACUUGCUGGUUGUGGACAAGCCAUACAUUCGACUGUUGCCUCAGCUCUCCCCAAAGCUGACUGUCAAGGGUCUUCAAGUUGAGGUGAACGAGGGAGAAGAUCUGGAGCUCACGGUGCUCAUUGAGGCGUAUCCCCACAUUGUGGAACACAACUGGCAAACGCCAACAUCCCCCAGCACGUCCGCGCAGGAGAAGACGCUCAUCCGGUAUAACAACAGAUACCACGCUACAUUGCAACUGAAGAGAAUGAAUGCUCAGGAGCAAGGCCAGUAUACUUUCAGCGCUAGGAGUGAACUGGCCAGCGCCUCCAUCACAUUCCAAGUCCAGAUGUAUCAGAAACCGGUUGCUGUGGUGAGAUGGGAAAAUGUGACCACUCUGACGUGCACGUCCUUUGGCUAUCCUGCCCCUAGAAUCAUCUGGUACCAAUGUUUUGGAAUACGCCCCACGUGCAACGAAAGCAAUACCGGUGCGCAGAUGGCAACCCUCCUGCAAGCUCAGACGGUGGAGCUUCAAAGGGAGGAAUAUGGGACGGUGGCGGUAGAGAGUGUUCUGACUGUGGGACCAUCCAACCGGAGGAUGACAGUGGAGUGUGUUGCCUUUAACCUAGUUGGAGUCAGCAGUGACACAUUUGCCAUGGAGGUUUCUGACAAACUCUUCACCUCCACCUUAACUGGCUCUGCAGGCAUCCUGUCCAUCCUUCUUCUGCUUCUGGUGUUUCUGUUUUACAAAUAUAAGCAGAAACCCAGGUAUGAGAUCCGUUGGAAGAUCAUCGAGGCAAGAGAUGGAAACAACUACACUUUUAUUGACCCUACACAGCUGCCCUACAACGAUAAAUGGGAGUUUCCACGGGAUAAACUCAAGCUCGGAAAGAUCUUGGGGGCCGGAGCCUUUGGAAAAGUGGUGGAGGCCACAGCCAUCGGUCUGGGAGAGCAAGACAAUGUGAUGCGUGUUGCUGUGAAAAUGUUAAAAGCCAGCGCCCAUUCUGAUGAGAGAGAAGCGCUGAUGUCAGAGCUGAAGAUCCUGAGUCACUUGGGACAUCACAAGAACAUUGUCAAUCUACUGGGGGCCUGCACCUACGGAGGACCCGUGCUGGUAAUCACAGAGUACUGCAGCCUCGGGGACCUACUAAACUUCCUCCGCCAGAAGGCAGAAACUUUUAUAAGCUUUGUCAUGAACAUACCCGCCAUAACGGAGAACUCCAACAACUAUAAGAAUAUCUGCAAUCAGAAACAUUUCAUAAGAAGUGACAGUGGCAUCUCCAGUGCGUCAUCGAGCAGCUACUUGGAGAUGAGACCAUGCCAUCUGUCAAACAGCGAGCCAUUACAAAACGCUGCGUGCGAAGAGACUGGAGAAUGGCCGUUGGAUUUGGAUGACAUGUUGAGGUUUUCCUAUCAAGUGGCUCAAGGCUUGGACUUUUUGGCUGCAAAAAAUUGUAUUCACAGAGACGUGGCUGCUCGAAACGUUCUCCUGACGGACCACAGAGUAGCCAAGAUUUGUGACUUUGGCCUGGCGCGGGACAUCAUGAACGACUCCAACUACGUGGUGAAGGGCAACGCUCGUUUGCCAGUGAAGUGGAUGGCUCCGGAGAGUAUUUUCGACUGUGUGUACACCGUGCAAAGUGACGUCUGGUCUUAUGGAAUCCUCCUGUGGGAGAUAUUCUCUCUGGGUAAGAGCCCUUACCCCAACAUGGCGGUGGACUCCAGGUUCUACAAAAUGGUGAAGCGGGGUUACCAGAUGUGUCAGCCAGACUUUGCCCCACCUGAGAUCUACGACAUCAUGAAGAUGUGCUGGAAUCUGGAGCCGACCAAGCGCCCCACUUUCAGUAAGAUCAGUCAGAUGAUACAAAGACAGCUCGGCGAACACGCGGAACAGGAGCAGUUAAUUUACCAGAAUGUGCAGCAACAGCAACCCGAGCAGCAACCGCAGGCUGAGGAGCAACAGCAGGUCACGCUGGGCGAAGAGUGUGAAGACUGUGACCCGCCCAAGUGCUCUGACGGCCCCUGUGAGCUGUCUUGUGACCCCGAGGAGGAGGAACAGCCUUUGAUGAAGACCAACAACUAUCAGUUUUGUUGAAAAUCCGUGCCGAAUGGAGGGAAGCGAUGUCUGUCACGUCCGCUCUUGUCACCAAAAACAUCAAACUUAGAGACGCGACUGCAGGAAACAAGCAUGAAUGCUUCCUCAUGGGCUCUUUUAGCGCUAUCUGUGUAGGACUAGUUCAACUCCACCAAUCCAGAGAAGUUCAUCAAGAUAAUAUUGUGUGUGAACAUCUCUCUCUCUGUAUUUCAUUCCGCGACAACCUCACGUAGACAGCAAACAAAUGUCGACUGUUUAUAAAUUGCGUAGACGAGCUAGGUUUUCUUCUCUGAUCAGUUUAAGUGACCUGCCUGUUUUUUGUUUUUUUUUCUGCGUGCGUGCGUGUGUGUGUGUGCGUUUUUAUUUUCUUCCGCGUGCCAAAUGGACUGUGACGGAGGCAAAGAAUGGCAACGUUGUUUUAUGCCCUCCGUGCUUUGGUCAUGGAGCUCUUGUGACACUAUUCCAGUAGCCGUGGCUUGCUGGGAACAUGUGAUCGUUCCGCUCAAGUCAAAUCCAUUAUCCGCAGGUUCAGGACCGUAUGGGAGCAAUGCCGUAUAUCGGAACCACCAUGGCAACCGAUGGAUCCAAGAUAGAAUAGAGGAAUAGUGCUUGACAAUGUGAAUGUGUUUGUGGGCGAUUUUGUGCUUUUUUUUUUCUCGAGUUCUAUUUAACCUUGACUUUUGACCAUAUGUAGCAGUCAGCCUACACUGCCAACUGUAUGAAGUAACUGUGAGAGAUGCGCGCCACAUGCGGCAUUUCCAAAUGUGCCUGCAUCAAAAUGAGAUGAGAUUUUAGAUCAUGUAAAUAUGUAACUCCUGAUGUAUAUCAAGAAGGAUUUUUAUUUUAGCAUCUAGGAAAGGGCGGUGUGGAUAUUGUCAUGAAUGCACACUUCAUAUACAAGAUGUGCGGUUUUGUGCGAGUGAGACAGUCUUCGAUACUAAUAAAAGCUUUAUAAUGAAA